CAGGCACUGGUGUGGGCUCCACUGUCAGCAAGAAGCGCCGCCCGCCCGCCCGCCUGUCUGCCUGCGGCCAGCGCACCCAUGGAGCGGAGGUAGCGUCAGGCACCGGGAGCCGCGGAGAAACCGCUUACCAUCUCAACAUCACAGGGGACAAGUAGACUCUUCGUCAGGCUAUGAUAGCCAUCACUCCGAGUCCAGGCCUGACAGUGGGGAUGAAGACGAUAGUCCCAUGACCCCCUUUCGUCUAGCUAUCCGAGGCCUCCCUCCGGCCUUGGCAUCCAUGACAGGAGCUGCUACCUCUGACCUGCGCUUCCGCUUGAAAUGGCAAGCUAUCGCAGUGGCAACUCUGCUGGCUCUCGCCCUGCUGCUGUACACGCAUCGGAUAGUAGGGGAAGGAGACAGCGGCACCAGAGCUUACUACCGCAACAGGGUGCAUAGCUGGCAAAUGCACAGUGAGAGAAAUGACCUCAUCAGUGACACUAAUCGACAAACUAUAGGAAGCCUCAACGGCUUCCAGAAAAGGGAAAAACGCUACAAUGACACAUACCCGUUAAGUCCAUUGGAGAAGACAAAGCAUGGCAUCCGGUAUCGCAUUGCUGUGAUUGCAGACCUGGAUACAGCGUCACGCAGCUCUAAGGAGCAGACGUGGUUCAGCUACAUGAGAAAGGGUCACCUGACCAUUUCUGAGAGUGCUGAUAGACUGGAGGUGGAAUGGGACACUGAGACGAUCACCCUGGAGAGUCACCUGGCUGAGAAGGGACGAGGUAUGGAGCUGUCCGAGCUGGUCGUGUUCAACGGUCACCUGUACAGUGUGGAUGAUCGCACAGGUGUGGUGUACAGGAUAGAGGGCAGGCAGGCGGUUCCCUGGGUUAUACUGCCUGAUGGGGAUGGCUCUGUCUCUAAAGGGUUCAAGGCGGAGUGGUUGGCAGUGAAGGAUGAGCACCUGUAUGUCGGUGGCCUGGGGAAGGAGUGGACCACAACCUCCGGAGAGGUUGUCAAUAACAACCCUGAGUGGGUGAAAGUUGUUGGCUACCAUGGCGACGUGGAGCAUGAGAACUGGGUGCCACGCUACAACGCCCUGCGGAGCGCAGCAGGCAUUCAACCACCAGGCUACCUCAUCCAUGAGUCAGCGGCGUGGAGCGAGCGUCUCCAGCGUUGGUUCUUCCUGCCUCGCCGUGCCAGUCAUGAGCGCUAUGAGGAAACAGCAGAUGAGCGUCGUGCCACCAACCUCCUGUUGUCCUGCCCUGCAGACUUCAGUCACAUAACCAUAGGGCAUGUUGGACCGCUCAACCCCACACAUGGCUUCUCCUCAUUUAAAUUUGUUCCAGACACAGAUGACCAGAUUAUUCUGGCACUGAAGUCAGAGGAGGACGCUGGCAAGAUUGCCACCUACAUCCUGGCGUUUACUCUCGACGGCCGGGUGCUGAUACCCGAGACAAAGAUAGGGGAUGUGAAGUAUGAGGGGUUGGAGUUUAUUUGAAAUUGACAGGUAAAGCAUCUCCUAGAUGAGUAGGGGCUCUGCGUGGCUUAGCAGUCAAAGGCUAUGUUCAGACAGCCAGAAGAGAGUGGCCUAGAUCUGAUUUUUAAAAUUUUUUCUUCAAAUGUGACACAGAUCUGUUUUUUUGUUUUGUUUUUGUUUUGUUUGUUUUUGCACCAGUGUGAAGAGCAAAAACACACUGAAUGUGACAUUUUCAGUUCUCAUUUGACCCACUUUCAUAUGUGGUCCUAAAUCAGAUAUGGAUCUGAUUCAUGCUCAUGUGAUCAGAUCAGAAUUCAUAUGUUGUUUUCCCACUUAGCACAAAAUACGGAGGUUUGCAGCAACAACAACAGGAAGACAGGAGUUUAAUAGAUAAAUGGAAAGAUGUUUCAGUCACAGCCAUUUUCUAUUUUCUUGCCCUCAGCCUGACGUUCUGACACACUGCCACCGCGCCACUGUUACCAUGGCCUAUUUUGUUAAUUGUGAUGGCUAACUGUUGUGCAGAUGAUAUUUUUUGCUGUUCAGCAGCAAGCUUGCUGGAGAGGUGGGGUCAUGGUAACAGAUAUGUUCACACUGAUGUCAGAUGCAGGUCAGAGAUUAAUAUGAACUGUCCAGACAGAUUUGAGAAAAAAAAAAUCAGUAUCUGGGUCACUUUCAGCCAUUGUGUGAACGUAGCACAAGGAGCGCUGUGUACAUGCAGCACUUGUUUUGAAACUGACUCAUGACCUGCGUUGCAUGUCAUUUCUACUCUCCAUAUUUGACAUCACUCUGUUGUGCUCAGUAAUGCAGAGAAUGCCCAAAAAUUGUAGGACAACCACAUGGUGAGUCAACUUGUCUGUGAAUUCAGUGUCAUGGUUGACAAUGGUAUCUCUGUGACAACCUUCACGCACACCUGUCAAGUGUUUCAGUGUUUCAGAGGCCUAGCCUAAUCAUAUCAGUAGUGGGAGAUCAAUACCUUUGUCAGUCUUGAAUUAAAUCUUGCUUUAAUUUGAUCGGGCACUGCUGAUGGUUCGAGACAAUAUGUGUGCAUUCACAUAAAAGGUGGAAAAGGCAAUUUAAUGUCCACACAGAACAAGAUUAUGGCAAUGGAAUGAAACUACUUAAAAAAAUGAAUAAUUGUGGGAUUACACAGACCUAAACAUGCUCCCAACAAUUUCAUGUUAAGUAGAAUGUAAAAGUAAACAGAAGAAAUGGAUACUAACAUUUGUGUCCUUCUCUCAAGAACAAAAACAGUUGAACAAACAAUGAAUUUUUUUGAUAAAUACAAAACAUUGUAAUACUUUUAAUGCCCCAAAGCUAGAGAGGAUUGCUGGAUAAAAAUUGCUAUAAUGUAACAGUGUAAGGUCUGUCCCUGUCCAUUAGGACAAACUGUUUAUUCUUUUCACUGAUCGUGUUGCUAUGAAGAAAUUUAAUCUUCACAAAGUCGGCCUUUUUUCCCCUAGUAAUGUGAAAGAAUUUCAGCACACGUAAUGUGCAACAGUAUAUUCAGUAGGAGGCCUAAGUUAAUUUACAAUUGACACAUUACUGUUCCAUUUCCAUUUGAGAGUGGAAAUGUUACAAACCUUGGACAGCUGAAAGAUUCUGCUGGAUUCGAAACACUGUUAGCCUGUGAGCAGCCCUUUCUUGUUGUCUGUUGAUUUAACAGUUUCCUGUUGUGCAAGGUUUUAUUACUUCAAGUCCAAAACAGUGCUAUCAAUUAAAAUUGGGCUCUUGUAGCAGUGGUGGCUCUAUUUGAUCUAGUUGAGCUGAUCAGUGAGGAAGAGAGGCCAUGUACAUGUUCUGACAUCCUGAUUUUAACCUGCUCCACAUGUCAGCCAUGCAGCAUAAGUCACUACAGGGCUCAACCCCGGGUCAAAGUGAAUCACUUUCAUGUGAUCAGAAAACAGAUCACUAAUACAUGACACUCACUUAAGGAGACCGGCGCCAGGGAACGUGGACAUCCUCUCCUACAGCUUAACUCUGCUGGUCAGACACUCAGGGGAACAAGAGCAAAACAUAAUUUUAGAUUUUUAGGGGGGACGGGGGGCAUUUCUGCUUUAUUAGAGAGUCACAGUGGAGACAGGAAAGACAGGGCAGAGAGUGGAUGACACACAACACAGAGUCUGGGCCAGAGAGGAAACCAGGCCUCUGCAGUUUGGCCUAAGAGUUACGUUUCACACACUCUCUAUAUGGUGAGCCACUGGGCACCCCAAAACAUGAGUAAGUUUAUUUUAAAGAGAAAAUACUUAAAAUUAAUGUCUACUUGAUAUGUUUAAUUUAUUUCAUAUGUAUGUGCUUAUUGAACAUGGCCCUGCCCAGACACAAACACUGGUCCUUAAUUUCUUUUAUUUAGAUCUACAGAGAUAUGGCAGGUCCAGCCGAGGUUCUCCUUGUUUUUUGACUCAUGUACGUGCUGAUCAGGAGGUGUUCUGGACAGGUCCAGGCACUCCAUGUUGGCUCAACUACAUGUUAUCAGACUGAUGAAACUUCUCAAGCUCAGAGAACGUGACUACAUUGAACUGAUACACCAGCUGUUGUAAUAUUGUGCAUUUUUACCAUUAAUCUAUACCUUUUGUAUCCCUUCACAAAGAUUAAACUGUUCUAUUGUUCAAGUA